AUGAUUGGCAGUAUAUUCUUCAUCUGCAACCGCAUUCUGGAGCUUGUCUUCGUGAUUCCGAUCAUCGGAAUGAUGGCAUACUUCGUCCAUGGCUACCUCAAUGCAAACCAGAUUACCCCUGCCUACAUUCUCGUCCUCUUCAUCGUCAGCGUCAUUGCAGCUUUCUGGUGCCUCGAUACCUUGAUCCGCUUUUCGACCACUAAACGCUCCGCCAUGUUUGUCGCUUUCAUCGACCUCCUCUUCUUCGGUGCUUUCAUCGCGGGUGUCUAUGAGCUGCGUUUCAUUGCAGGGGCCAAUUGCUCUCAUUGGGAUGGAGGUUCGGUGUAUAUUUCGCUGGGUCCCUUUGGAUACUACGGCUACAGGACCGAUAACCCGCUGUCCUUCCACAUCGACAAGACUUGCGCGAUGCUGAAGGCCAGCUUUGCACUGGGGAUAAUUGAAGUCGUCUUCUUCUUCUGGACAGCUAUCCUGGCUCUCGCCAUUUACAAGCGUCCGGAGGUCGUUGUCAAGGAGACCACUGUCCGUCGCAGGAGUCACAGCAGUCGACGCGGUCACCGGCGCCACAGCAGCUCGGGUCGGCGGCAGCAGUAUGUGGUAUAG